AUGGGGGCCGACAACCUCACCUGUACCACCGAAUUCAUCUUGGUGGGACUCACCAAUGACCGGGAGACACAGAUUCUGUUCUUUGUGAUAAUUCUCGUCAUCUAUUUGUUGACCCUUGUGGGGAACCUAGGGGUCAUUAUGCUGAUACGGGCGGACUCCCACCUCCACACACCGAUGUAUUUCUUCCUCACACACCUCUCGAGCCUGGAGAUCUGUUAUGUCACUAGCACUGUACCCCAGAUGCUGGCUCACCUUCUAAGGGGUCAUGGAGGAUUGUCCUUAAUACGGUGUGCUUUACAGACGAAUGCAGCUCUGGCACUAGGUUCUGCCGAAGCGCUUCUGCUGGGUGUCAUGGCCUACGAUCGCUACUUAGCCAUCUGCCAUCCUCUGACCUAUGCCACUGCCAUGGGAAGAAGGCGCCAGUUAGAACUGGCUUCAGCCUGUUGGGUGGGUGGCUUUUAUGUCGCAGUUGUAUGUGUCAGCAUCAGCUUCAGCCACCGCUUCUGUGGUCCCUGCUACAUCAACCACUUUAUCUGUGAGAUACCAAUGGUGAUGAAACUGGCAUGCGAUGAUACCCACACCACGAAAGCCAUCAAUUUUCUAUUUGCAGGGUUGGUCAUCCUGAUACCCUUUUCAGUUAUCUUGGUCUCCUACUGGCUCAUUCUGUUUUCCGUAUUGCGAAUGCGGUCAGCCAGCGGACUGCGCAAGGCCUUCUCGACUUGCGGGUCCCAUUUAUCAGUGGUCAUCAUGUACUAUGGCACCACCACCCUUAACUAUAUUAUACCCCAGUCAGGAAGAUCUCCCGAUAUUGACAAGCAAAUUGCCGUGUUGUAUGUUGUGGUCACCCCCCUUCUGAACCCUGUCAUUUACACUCUGCGGAACAAAGAUGUCCAUCAGGCGAUGGCCAAGGUGCUGCGAACAUCAGGCUUUGCCCUGAAAAGUUGA